AUGGAUGACAUCCUCUCUGGAGGAUCAGAACUAAGUCAAGAUGAUAAAAGAACUAUCAAGGCUUUAGGUAUCGAAUGGAAUACAACAAAUGAUUCCUUUUCCUAUAAAGUCACCACCAAUUCCCGUCUUACUUAUACGAAAAGAAAAGUCUUAUCAGAUAUCGCCCGCAUAUACGAUCCUUUGGACUUAAUUGGUCCAGUAAUCACAAGAGAUAAAAUCUUCAUGCAAUCAUUAUGGCUUAUUAACAUUGAUUGGCAUGAGCAUCUUUCUGAACCUUCAGCUAAGCAAUGGACACAUUUUGUUUCUACACUUACCGUAAUCGAGAAGCUUCGCAUUCCCAGACGGGCUGUGAAGCCGAAUACUACAGUUGUGCUCCAUGGGUUUGCUGACGCUUGUGAAACAGCAUUUGGAGCGGUUCUAUACCUUCAAUCAAGAUCUAGUGAGCAGUGCUCUACUGAACUGUUGUAUAGUAAAUCCAGAGUGUCAUCAUUAAAGAAAAUCUCUGUACCGAGACUCGAAGUGUGUGCGCGUCUCCUUCUAGCUCAACUGGUAAAGAAGGCUCUCUCAGCGCUGAAAUUGGAUAUCAGUGAAGUAUUCCUGUGGUCAGACUCAAUGAUCGCAUUAGCCUGCAUUGCCACAUCGCCUCAUUCUCUCAAAACGUUUGUACGUAAUAGAGUAACUAAAAUACAAAAUCUCACGGAAAACUAUAUUUGGAGACAUGUUUUCUCAAAGGACAAUCCUUCGGAAUUUAUUUGUGGAGGUCUGAAUCCAGAAAAAUAG